GGCCACGUGACUCGCCAAAGAUGGCGGCGCCCAGUGAGGUGGCGUGAGAGUUGUGGAAAGUCUGCGUCGCCGGGUUCGUGAAUCAGAACCGAGGGGGUCCCGGGAGCCAUGUCGCGACUGAUCGUGAAGAACCUCCCUAAUGGGAUGAAGGAGGAGCGAUUCCGUCAGCUAUUUGCCGCCUUUGGCACACUGACCGACUGCAGCCUCAAGUUCACCAAAGAUGGCAAGUUCCGCAAGUUUGGCUUUAUAGGCUUCAAGUCGGAGGAGGAAGCCCAGGCGGCCCUGAGCCAUUUCAACCGGAGUUUUAUUGACACGUCCCGGAUCACAGUGGAAUUCUGCAAGUCCUUUGGAGACCCAACAAAACCCCGAGCCUGGAGCAAACAUGCCCAGAAGGCAGGCCAGCCCAAGCAGCCACCACAAGGCUCCAUUCCCUCAGACACUAAAAAAGAGGACAAGAAGAAAAAGGUGCCCAGUGACCUGGCGAAGCUGAAGGAAGAUGCUGAGUUCCAGGAGUUCCUGUCGAUUCACCAGAAGAGGACCCAGGUGGCCACGUGGGCCAAUGACGCUUUGGACACUGAGCUCCCAAGAGCAAAAGCCAAGUCAGCAAGUGACUAUCUGAACUUUGACUCUGACUCAGGCCAGGAGAGUGAGGAGGAGCCGGCUGGAGAGGAGCCUGAAGAGGAACAAGGCCUGCAGCCAAAGGCGGCCACACAGAAGGAGCUGUCUGACAUGGACUACCUGAAAUCCAAGAUGGUGCGGGCCGAGGAGUCCUCCGAGGACGAGGAUGAGGACAGUGAAGACGAGGCGGUGAACUGUGAGGAAGGCAGUGAGGCUGAGGAAGAGGAGGGUUCCCCUGCCUCCCCAGCCCAGCAGGAGAGUGGGAGCCGGGGAGCCGCGCCUGGGAGCCGGAGACCUCAGGAAGCCGCCAGCAAGGUAGAGAAGCCAGCCGGCAAGAAGGAACCCACCACCCCCUACACCGUGAAGCUCCGGGGAGCCCCGUUCAAUGUCACUGAGAAAAACGUUACAGAGUUCCUGGCGCCCCUGAAGCCAGUGGCCAUUCGGAUAGUGAGAAAUGCUCAUGGAAAUAAAACAGGGUAUGUCUUCGUGGAUCUCAGCAGCGAGGACGAUGUGAAGAAAGCUCUGAAGUGCAACCGGGAAUACAUGGGUGGACGUUAUAUCGAGGUCUUCAGGGAGAAGGCCCCCACGGCCCAUGGCCCCCCAAAGAGCAGCUCCACACCCUGGCAGGGCCGCACGCUCGGGGAACAUGAGGAGGAGGAAGACCUGGCUGACUCUGGGAGGCUCUUUGUGCGGAACCUCUCAUACACCAGCUCCGAGGAAGACUUGGAGAAGCUGUUCUCUGCCUAUGGUCCCCUGUCAGAGCUCCACUAUCCCAUUGACAGCCUGACCAAGAAGCCCAAGGGCUUUGCCUUUGUCACCUUCAUGUUCCCUGAGCACGCAGUGAAGGCCUAUGCUGAGGUGGACGGGCAGGUAUUCCAGGGCAGGAUGCUCCAUGUCCUACCUUCCACCAUCAAAAAGGAAGCCAGCCAGGAGGCAGAUGCCCCAGGAUCCUCUUACAAGAAGAAGAAGGAAGCCAUGGACAAAGCCAACAGCUCCAGUUCUCACAACUGGAACACACUGUUUAUGGGGCCAAAUGCCGUAGCUGAUGCCAUCGCACAGAAGUACAACGCCACCAAGAGUCAAGUGUUUGACCAUGAGACCAAGGGCAGUGUGGCCGUACGUGUGGCUCUGGGGGAGACCCAGCUGGUCCAGGAGGUCCGCAGCUUCCUUAUCGACAAUGGCGUCAGCCUGGACUCUUUCAGCCAGGCCGCAGCAGAGCGAAGUAAGACUGUGAUCCUGGCUAAGAACCUCCCAGCAGGUACGCUGGCAGCGGAGCUACAGGAGACCUUUGGCCGCUUUGGCAGCUUGGGCCGUGUGCUGCUGCCUGAAGGUGGCAUCACGGCCAUUGUAGAGUUCCUGGAGCCCCUGGAGGCCCGCAAGGCCUUCAGGCACCUGGCCUAUUCCAAGUUUCAUCAUGUCCCUCUCUACCUGGAAUGGGCUCCAAUUGGUGUCUUUGGUGCAGCCCCCCAGAAGAAAGAUUCCCAACCUGCACAGACUGCAGAGAAAGCCGAGGCAGAGCCAGAGAUGGUACUCGACCCAGAAGGUGAAAAGGCUUUGGGGGAAGGAGCAGAGGCCCCCACGGGCAAGACGGAAGAGGAGGAGGAAGAGGAAGAUGAGGAGGAGGAGGAAAGUGUCCCAGGAUGCACUUUGUUUAUUAAGAACCUCAACUUCAGCACCACAGAGGAGACACUGAAGGAAGUGUUUUCCAAAGUGGGGGCUGUGAAGAGCUGCACCGUGUCCAAGAAGAAGAAUAAAGCAGGAGUGCUACUUUCAAUGGGGUUUGGGUUUGUGGAAUACAAGAAGCCGGAGCAGGCCCAGAAGGCCCUCAAGCAGCUCCAGGGUCACGUCGUGGACGGUCAUAAACUGGAAGUGCGGAUCUCCGAACGGGCCACUAAGCCCGCCUUGACAUCCACUCGUAAGAAACAGGUCUCCAAGAAGCAGACGACCUCAAAGAUUCUGGUGCGGAAUAUCCCCUUCCAGGCCAACCAGAGGGAGAUCCGGGAGCUUUUCAGCACCUUUGGGGAACUGAAGACCGUGCGCCUGCCAAAGAAGAUGACGGGGACAGGCACACACAGGGGCUUCGGCUUUGUGGACUUCGUCACCAAGCAGGACGCAAAGAAAGCCUUCAAUGCACUCUGCCACAGCACCCACUUGUAUGGCCGUAGGCUGGUUCUGGAAUGGGCAGACUCAGAGGUGACGGUGCAGGCCCUGCGGAGGAAGACAGCCAGGCACUUCCAAGAGCCCCCGAAGAAAAAGCGGUCUGCGGUGUUGGAUGGGAUCCUGGAGCAGCUGGAAGAUGGGGACAACGAUGGGGACAGUGAGCAAACUCUUCAGCUGUGAGCUAGCACCACCAGGGUGCGUGGCUCCAGGGCCUGGGGCCAGGCAGGGCACGCCAGGAGGUCUCCCACCGGUCAGGGCCAAGGGAAACAAAAGCCUGUACCUGGAUGCGAGAACAUGGGUUCUGGAAACUCCUCACCCACCGGUGACGUGUUCCGCAGCUGCUGCCCGGGCACCUCCACUGGGUAGCCCACGUGAGGCGGCUCCUUAUGGGGACACAGACCUGGCAUCCUCCUGAUACGGUGCUCUUCCAACACACACCCGGCUCCUCACCCGGCUCCUCGUCCCCGAGGAGAGGAGGCUCUGGGAUGGAGGACAGUGCAUAGCCCGCGUAGAGCCCAUGGAAGGAGCAAGCUGCUGUCUGGGAGGGGACUCGCAGCUCAGCCCUGUUCACCAGCCGCCCAGGCCCCAGCCAGCCAGGCUCCUGCAGCCGUCUCGCCCUCUGCAGGACUGCUGGCCAAAGGAUGGAGCUAGGGGCUCCAGCUCAUCACCCAGGGCCCUUCUCAGACCUCCUGAAGCAUCACAUUCCAAGCCCCGAUGCCAGGUUUGCAGGCUGAACUGUGUGCCAUCACCACAGCAUCUCAAGGCGGAGGCCCUGGGAGCCCUGUCAAGGCCUCACCCCAAGCCAUAGGCAUCACAAGCUCAUCUUUGGCUGGGUACCCUGGUACAGCCUCUCCAUGAAUGUGGAUGCACCAACAGCCAGAGGAGGACAUGGCAUCAAGCAGGGAGCCGCCGGAGCCACGGCCCUUUAACCACUGUCCAGCUGCAGCAGCAGCACCACUCAGUGUGCGGCUUAAGACUCACAUCAUUUUGAGUUCAGGUAGUGUCUACUCAGUGCAGGUGACUGGCAUGGUGGCCUCGGCCAGCCACACCCUGUUCAGCCAUCCAACCCAGGAAGACCUGAGAAGACUCUCAUCCCACUUCUGAGCUGUCCUCACCGUGGGCUGUGGGUGCUGAACAAGACUCAAGAGCAAGGGUGCCUGGCCUUCCGACUUUGUGUGAGAGUCUCGGCCUGUGCGGUUUUGGGGGAAUGAGGUCCUGGUUUUCAGAGUGGCCUGUACCAAAGCUGGGACCACACCCUGUGGUUGGGACAGGCACUUGGUUACAGUCCGAGGGCCCUGAGAAUUAAAGCAAUAAAAGUCAGAACCUAGAGUGGCUCAGCUCCCUCUACCACACAUCUCAGAUGUCACCCUGAACCAGCCUCCACCACUGGCGCUGCACAGAGGGGUCACAUUGAUGCUUGCCACGCCAAGGCUAGACCAUCAGGAACCGUGGCCCAUGUUGCUAUGGGUGUUUAAAAGACAGGAUGGGAAUUUUCCCUGUCCCACCAUUGAAGGUGUGCCCACAUGUCACAAAUAGCCUAGGGCAGAAAGCUGCAAUCCUUGUCACCAGCAUAAACUCCUCAAAACAGGGUCCACAGGGACCUGGGCACCUAUGCUUGGCCAGCCUGGCCCCUGUGACAGUGACCCUGAGUCCUAGAGCUCAGCAGGCAACUUUUGAGUCCUCCAGCCUCCUGAGUUCAGGUCCCCAGCACCCAUGCAAAAGCCAGACAAGGUGGUGUGCACCUGUAAUCCCUGAUUUUAUGGGGGUAGAGACGGGCAGGUCCUUAGGGUUUGAUGGACAGCCAGCCUAGCCAAUCAGUGAACUCCAGCUUGAGUAAGAGACCCGAGUCAAAAAAAAAGAAAAUGGUGGACAGCAUUUAGGAAGACAUUGAACCUCUGACCUACCCACCACAUCCACCUCACCCCACGCCACACACAAAAAUAGGAGCUUGUGGGAGGCCAGUGCCCAGCACAGCUGGAGAUCCUAGAAGAGGUGGAUGGAACAAGCUGGGGCCUCACUGAGCCUCACCAGACAGGAGUCUAGGGGAUCCAGCAAGGCCCUGGAGGAGAUGGUUUCUGGCCAGCAGCCAAGGGGCAGGAGACUAGACUCAUCACCCAUACUGGUUCCUCACACAGAGGCAGGCUCUGGUAGUUGGGACAUGAAUACUCUCAUGUUGCUGGCUGUCCCUAGGCCUUAGAGUCCUUCCAAGAGCCCAGCUGGGAUUCCUGGGCCAGCAGGGAGUUCUGAGAUGGAGCGUGCCACUGCCCUGAGCACAGGUUCCACCACCAGCACCCUGACUCUGGAAGGGCUCCAGCAUGCUGUCACACUCCAGGAAGGGACAGACAUCAAAACAGCCAUCCUAUAUCGGAAAUGCCAGAAGCUGGAGAGAAGAGUCGACAAUACCUGACCCUCAUCCAUGCAUCAGUCAUCAAACCCAUCCUGGACCCGAGGACAAACCCAGGGGCCUCCGUGUCUUUCUUGAGACAUGGCAUUCCUUGCUGGAUGGACUCCAGAGGCUGUCCCAGGCCUUGAGGUGCACACACACAGGGUGCUAGAGAGAUGAUUCAGCAGUUAAGGGAGUGUGCAGUUCUUCCCUGAAAUGAGCCGCACUCACAACUAACUGCCUUACAACUCCAGCUGCGGAGGAUCCGAUGCCCUCUUCUGGCUUCCACGGGCCCUUGUACUCACAUGGCACACAAAAAGAGACACAGAUACAUAUCAAUAAAAACAAGUUUUUGUUUUUGUUUUUUUAA